AUGAUGUCUUCAAUCUUUCUUCCUGUGCUGGCUUUGUCGAUGCUUCGUGCAAGCGUCUACGGUUUCAUCACAAGUCAAGUUCUUAACAUGGCAAGAGCUGGGCAGUGGGUUGCCUUACAAGGAGCCGUCAAUAAGGCGAUGGUACAGAUGGUGCAAGUUGGAAAUGUCCCUGGAGCUUAUCCGCACAUUAUCACGAUUAGCGAAGCCGAAAAUUUUUGUGUUCACCAGGGUUCCCAUCUGGUGUCUGUCCACUCAGACGAUGAGAAGAACUUCCUUGCAGGUCACUAUAAUCAUCGCAUUAACACACAAACUUCAAACAUUCACUUUUGA